UAGCUUCCCUCCUUUUAGCUCUCUCUCUCCUUCGGAUAAACCACCGAGUCUCUCUCUGCCCAAUCCAGAUCCCAAAAGCAAAAGCAAGAACGGAAAGGCAAGGAAACUCUGUUGAAAGAAAUCGGAACUUUUGUUGCGCAAACUAACAGUGAUUCCCAGGGUGUGCAAGUCUUGGAACAAAGCAGUGUCUGGCCCUUAUUGCUGGCAGGAGAUAGACAUUGAGGAAUGGUUUUGUCAAUGCGAGCCUGAUCACCUCGAUCGCAUGGUUCGUAGGCUGGUCACAAGAAGCUGUGGAUCCCUCCGGAAAAUUUGUGUUUCUAGCCUUCGCAAUGAUACAACUUUCUCCUUCAUUGCUGAGCAUGCUGGAUAUCUUCAUAUGUUGCAACUGCCUAGAAGUGAGAUAAGUGAUUGUAUAGUUGAACAGAUUGUGGGGAAGCUCUCUACUGUAACUUUCUUGGAUGUAAGCUAUUGUAAUAAAAUUGGCGCUCGUGCUCUGGAGGCCAUUGGAAAGCAUUGUAAAUUGCUUGUGGGGCUGUGCCGAAACAUGCACCCAUUGGAUUCAGCAGGCAAGCUUUCGCAAGAGGAUGAGGCUCUUGCCAUUGCCACCAGAAUGCCAAAGAUUAGGCACCUUGAAAUGGCGUACAAUCUUACUACUACAGAAAGUGUACUAAGGAUCCUCUCAAGCUGCAAGGAGCUUGAAUUGUUGGAUUUGAGAGGGUGCUGGGAAGUGAAACUUGAUGGUAAGUUCCUUAAAGAAAAGUUUCCCAAAUUGAAAGUUUUGGGACCUCUUGUGGUGGAUUAUUAUGAGAUCAACGAGUGGGAUGAUUGCUCGGAGUACUCGGAUGCAGUGUCCAUCUACUUUUCCUGGGACUUUAUAGCUGGUGAAAUGGACGAUUAUGAUGAUGAUGAUGAUGAAAGCUUUGAUGGAAUGUGGGAUGAUGAAUGCAGGCUGGAGGAGCUCGAGCUGAGGUUCUAUGAAGCAGCUCAUGAAGAUAUGGGUAUGCAUGUUUGGCCUCAGUCUCCAUGGGUUCUGUUUUCUUCCUCCCAAGUUUGUCAGACUUUUUCAUGUAUCUAGCAAGUAAGAUGCUUUUACUUUUGAACUUCUAUAUGCUCUAUGACCAUGGAUAUAUAUAUAUAUACAUGUUUCAAUAGUAA